ACUCCACACUUCAAACCAUCAUACGGCAUCUCCUCCUCCUCCACCUCAACCUUCGGCAUACCCGCCGUCCACACCCACCCACCCGAUGAGCACCCCUACAUCCACUUUCACACCCACAUCCACCUCAGAAACCCACCAAGCCCGCAUCUCCCUCCACCUCUCGCACACCCGCUCGUUGGUCUCGUCCUGGCUCCCACCACCACCAACAGACCUCGCGGCAGCGCAAAAGCCCGAAGAGGAAAUAUUCCGUGAGGAUGAGGAAUUUUUCGCCCCCAUACCGCCGAGGCUCGGUCUCGGCGCACCAAUACCGAGAGAAUUCCUCAAUGGGGAGAGUAGGGUCCGGACGAAUGAUUUGCUGAAGAAGAAGAUUAUGGGACGGGGUGGAGGUGGGAGGGGGGGGUCGAAGCCGAUGCCUGAAGGGAGCAAGAGGAAGGAGGGUGGGGUCGUGUGGAGUGAUGAGGAGGAGGAAGGGAGGUCUGCGCUUGGGAGGAAGAAGAGGGUGAAGGUUUUGCAAGAGAAGGAGAAGGAGUAUUUCAAUAACUCUGGCGUUACGAUUGCUAGUUCUGCUACUCUUACUGCUGAUACCCCUCCUCCUCUUGCUCCUCCAAAAGAGACAUUCAAUAAGAGAUCGCCCACACCCCCAACCCGAUUUGGUACAUUUCUAGACGCGUACCAAGCGCAGAAGGCGAAAAAGAAGAAAAAGAAAAGGAAAUCCGCCAGUACCGGGCAAUCAUAAGUCACGGGGACGAUAGAGCGAUAUUAUAACGCUACAACAGUACAUUAGCUAUAAAAAGGGGGAGGGGGCAUAAUUGAGAUUGAUA